AUGGAUAACGUUGUAGAUCCGUGGUAUAUAAAUCCCUCAGGCUUCGCGAAGGACAUUCAAGAUGAAGAGUAUGCUCAACAUCAUGAUAAUGUCGAUCCCACCAUACCCCAGGCCGAUAAUUAUCCCUCAAAUAAUGAAAAUGACGAUGGCCUCGAUAACUUGUUGGGCAUGGACUACUACAACAUCGAUGACCUGUUGACUCAAGAGUUAAGAGAUUUGGAUAUUCCUUUGGUUCCUUCCCCUAAGACAGGCGAUGACCCUCGUGAUAAAAAGAGUAUUGACAGAACUUGGAAUUUUGGUGAUGAAAACAACAAAAUCUCCCACUAUAGCAAAAAAUCAAUGUCCUCGCACAAGAGAGGUCUAAGUGGCACAGCGAUAUUUGGAUUUCUCGGCCAUAAUAAGACAUUGAGUGUUUCCAGUUUACAGCAAUCCAUUCUAAACAUGUCUAAAGAUCCUCAACCCAUGGAUCUCAUAAACGAAUUAGGAAAUCAUACGGUAAAACAUAACAAUCACGACUUUGAUCAUAUAAGGGAAAAAGAUGGUGAAAAUAGCUAUUUGAGUCAGGUCUUGUUGAAACAGCAAGAGGAGUUAAGGAUUGCACUUGAAAAGCAAAAGGAAGUUAACGAAAAAUUGGAGAAGCAGCUGAGAGAUAAUCAAUUACAGCAAGAAAAGUUACGAAGAGUAUUGGAAGAACAAGAAGAGGUGGCCCAAAAGUUGGUAUCUGAGACUGCAAAGUCUAAUUCCAAACCCGGAUCCCCAGUAAUACUAAAGACACCAGCGAUGCAAAACAGUAGGUCCAAGGAUAAUGCUAUAAUUGUCACAACGAACUCCGCAAAUGGAGGGUAUCAAUUCCCCCCUCCAACGUUGAUAUCGCCGCCGAUUUCAAAUACGUCGAUAAAUGGUUCGCCAUCCAGGAAAUACCAUAGGCAACGAUAUCCAAAUAAAAGCCCAGAAAGUAAUGGAUUGAACCUAUUUUCCUCUAACAGCGGUUAUUUGAGAGAUUCUGAACUGCUUUCAUUUUCUCCACCAAACUAUAAUCUAAGUAUGUGUGGCUUGGCCUAUGAUGACCAUAAUAACACCAGUGAUAAAAAUGAUAAUGAUAAGAGAAAUAAUACUGGUGAUAACAUAUUCCGACUUUUCGAGAAGACUUCCCCAGGUGGGCUUAGUAUCUCUCCAAGGAUAAAUGGAAACAGUUUGAGAUCGCCCUUCCUUGUUAACGCCGAUAGAAGCAAGGACGAUCGAUAUGCUACUAGCACGUUCACAUCUAGAACACAGUUGUCACCUAUCCAUAAGAAAAGGGAAUCUGUAGUUUCUACAGUCUCGACAAUUUCACAACUACAAGAUGACAUUGAACCCAUCCAUAUGCGGAAUACUCAAAGCCCAAUGGUAAAAAACGGAAACGCUUUACCAUCAUCAAGUGUACUACCUCCCAUUCCUGGUUCCACAAAUAAUACUCCAAUUAAGAAUUCUUUACCACAAAAGCAUUUAUUUCAACAUACUCCCAUCAAAACUUUAACAAAGGACGGAAAUAGCCUAGAUCCGCUUCUAAACGCACCAGAUUUAACAGACCGUCAGUUAGAAAUUAAGACACCCAUACGAAGUAACAGUCACGGUGAAGAAGAAAGUUAUCCGCAAGCACCACCUGUCACACAUGAUAUUCAUAAGAGCCCUACUCUGGAUAUCACGUCCCCUCCACCAGGCGAAAUAAUACCCAGGACUACACCAAUGAAAAUCACGAAGAAACCAACCACGCUGCCUCCAGGUACUAUUGACCAGUACGUGAAAGAACUGCCCGAUAAACUAUUCGAGUGCCUAUACCCUAACUGUAGCAAAGUAUUCAAACGUAGAUACAAUAUAAGGUCGCAUAUUCAAACACAUUUGCAAGAUAGACCAUACUCAUGCGACUUCCCCGGUUGCACCAAGGCAUUUGUCCGCAAUCAUGAUUUAAUAAGACACAAGAUUUCCCAUAAUGCCAAGAAAUACAUUUGCCCAUGUGGAAAGAGAUUUAACAGGGAGGAUGCCCUAAUGGUGCAUAGAAGUCGGAUGAUUUGCACGGGUGGUAAAAAAUUAGAACACUCUAUCAGCAAGAAGCUUACAUCUCCCAAAAAGAGCCACCUUGACAGCCCGUAUGAGACAAGUCCCGUAAAAGAAACCAUUGCCCGAGAUAAAGAUGGGAGCGUCCUAAUGAAAAUGGAAGAACAGUUGCGAGAUGAUAUGCGGAAACACGGAUUACUGGAUCCACCCCCAUCCAGAGCAACAUACGAGCAAAAUUCGAGCCUCACCCCUUCAAACGAAAGUGAUAGUCUCUGA